GUGACACUCAGAACGGUACAACUGUUGCACAGCUGAGCCAGUCUGAAUAUUACCCAACUCCUGGAGCUGUCCUGAUGUCCGAGUAAGACAUGUUGUUCAGCCCAGCGGGUUUAAACGAAUGUUUACGCGAAUGGGAGGAUUUAGAGAAGGGCUACCAACAAAUCCAGGACACUCAUCGUCUGUACAAACAUAAACUUGAAGAAGUGGCCAAGCUGCAAGACAGCUGCUCCGCUGCUAUCGCACGUCAGAGGAAGAAACUGAAAGAGCUCUCUGCGUCACUAGAUCAAUGCAAAAAGAACCAUCCAACGCCCAAGUUAAGUCCAGAGGAUGUGGAUUCUAUCGCUGAAAUCGAAGACUCCAUCACAGAGAGAGCAAAUGCUUUCUCUGAGAUGGAAGCUUUUCUGCCAAAGAAGAAUGGGUUAUACCUCACUCUAGUUUUAGGAAACGUUAAUGUAACACUCCUCAACAAACAGUCGAAAUUUGCCUACAAAGAUGAAUAUGAGAAAUUUAAACUGGUCCUCACGGUCAUCCUCUUCGUGUUCUCCUUCACGUGUCGCUUUUUGUUCAGCUACAGAGCCCUCGAUGCCCUGUUCAACUUCCUGUUGGUGUGGUACUACUGCACACUCACUAUCCGGGAAAGUAUCCUCAUCACCAACGGCUCAAGGAUCAAAGGUUGGUGGGUUUUCCAUCACUACGUAUCGACCUUCCUGUCUGGAGUCAUGCUCACGUGGCCUGAAGGCACUCUCUACCAGAUGUUUAGGAACCAGUUCCUAACAUACUGUCUGUACCAAAUAGGCUUUGUCCAGUUCCUCCAGUACUACUACCAGAGUGGCUGUUUGUAUAGACUCAGAGCACUGGGAGAAAGACAUAACAUGGACCUUACAGUCGAGGGUUUCCAGUCCUGGAUGUGGAGAGGCUUGACCUUCCUCCUUCCUUUCUUGUUCUUUGGUCAAUUCUGGCAGCUUUACAACAGCAUAACACUCUUCAGGAUGUUCCAGCUCCCGGAGUGUAAAGAGUGGCAGGUUUUCAUGUGCGGCUGCUCUUACAUGGUACUCUUCAUGGGAAACUUCUUCACCACACUGGGUGUAGUUUACCAGAAAUACACGAGCAACCAGGACAAGUCCAAGACCUUUUAAAACUGGAAUAAUCUGUUUAUGGGACAGAAAGACGUUACCAUAGCUCUAAUAUUCUCUUUAGAGCUCUUUAUCAAUGUUAUGUCCGUUGUCCUUGUGGACCAUUUACAUGCAGUGCUACUCUUAUCAAUGUCCUUUUUAUUUCAAGUCCUUUUGAAUUCAUAUUUGCAUAAUUGAUGCAUGGCCAGGCCAUAGAGAUUUUCUCAUUGUCUGGUCAAAGAAACAACAAAGAAACAACUAAGGUUGUUAUAACUCGGAUAAGGAAGUGUUACUGAAUAAGCAAAGAAUGUUGUUUGCAUUGUAUUUAUGUAGGGAAACCUUCAGUUUGUCGCUCAGCAGCUGCUAUUCAUUUUAGCCUUACAGAAAGAGCUUAAUAAAACACUCCUCCAAAGCA